GUCGCUGCUGGAGAAGAAGGGAAGGGAUGAGGGGAGGGGCCCACAGGCGCGCGAGAGGCCGCGAGUGACACUCUCGCUGUGAGGAGGCUCCUCGCAAGAUGUCGGCUCUGGCCGUGGCGACGGCGGCGGCUGCCACCGCGGCGGCCGUGACCGCGGCGCGCUCGGAGAAGCCCAGCAGCCCGGGCUCAUCGAGGGGCUUCUACUUCAACACGGUGCUGUCUCUCGCCCGCUCGCUGGCCGUGCAGAGACCCGCUCCGCUCGAGAAGGUACAGAAACUACUCUGCAUGUGCCCAGUCGACAUCCAUGGGAUCUUUCAGCUGGAUGAGCGCCGCAGAGAUGCUGUGAUUGCUUUGGGAAUUUUUCUAAUCGAGUCUGACUUGCAGCAUAAAGAUACUCUUGUUCCUUAUCUUCUCCGGCUGUUAAGGGGCCUUUCCAAAGUCCAAUGGAUAGAAGAAAGCAAUUCACGCAAAAGCAGAGGCAUGCUUCCUAUUCCAGAAAACUUCAGUUUCUGUUUGGUGACUUUGUUGUCAGAUGUGGCUUACAGGGAUUCUGUUCUGAGAGAACAGAUUUUAGAGGCAAUUUUGCAAGUGAUGCAGGUCCUUCUGGGAAUGUGCCAGUCCCCAGAAAUCCAGGAUAAAGAAUAUUUAUGCAAAUACGCUGUGCCAUGCCUGAUUGGAAUUUCACGAGCGUUUGGGCGCUACAGCAACUCGGAAGAGUCUCUCCUGUCAAAGCUUUUCCCUAAAGUUACUCCGCAUUCCCUCAGAGCCCCACAUGAGUUGGAUGGUAUUCGUAGACGCUCUUUUAAUGACUUCCGCUCGAUACUUCCACAUUCUCUACUGACAGUCUGCCAAGAAGGAUCUCUCAAGAGAAAGACCAGCAGCGUAUGCAGCAUCACACAGGUCAGUCCUGAACGUGGAAUUCCUCCUCCCAGUUCCCCCGGAGGCACUACUGUGCAGUACUUUGAAGGGUCCUACCUACCUGAUGGGAGUGCGUUAGAUCCCGAUUAUUACUUCUCUACAAUCAGUUCCAGCUUCUCGGUCUCGCCUCUCUUUAACGUCAUCAGCAACAAGGAGUUUAACAUUCCACUGGAAAUGCUCCGACAGCUGCUGAACAUGGUAAAGCAGAUUGUUGGGGAUUCAGUCCUCCGAAACUUAGAUGCCGUUGUCUCUGAGGUUAUUGAGGAAAAUCCCCAUGCAGAUUUGUUCUACAAAAUGUUCAGUGACCCACUUUAUGUUGCCCAGUUCAAGAUGCUGAGAGACACGUUGUACUAUAUGAAAGAUCUCCCAACCUCGUUUGUGAAGGAAAUUCAUGAUUUUGUGCUGGAACAGUUCAACAGCAGCCAGUCGGAGCUCCAGAAACUCCUUCACGACGUAGACAGAUUACACAAUGAGCUGAACCCUCUGAAGCUACGUUGCCAAGCUAACGCUGCUUGUGUGGAUCUCAUGGUGUGGGCUGUGAAGGAUGAGCAAGGGGCAGAAAACCUGUGCAUUAAACUGUCGGAGAAACUGCAGUCCAAGACUUCCAGCAAAGUAAUCAUUGCUCACUUGCCUCUUCUGAUUUGCUGCUUACAGGGUCUAGGCCGCUUGUGUGAGCGUUUUCCUGUGGUGGUUCACUCGGUCACUCCGUCCUUGAGAGACUUUCUCGUGAUCCCUUCUCCAGUCCUGGUGAAACUUUACAAGUACCACAACCAAUAUAAUACUGGAGGCAAUGACAUCAAGAUCAGCAUAACAAAUGAGCAUGCCGAGUCCACUGUAAGUGUAAUGUCUGGCAAGAAGAGUCAGACCUCCAUGUAUGAACAGCUGCGGGAUAUUGCGAUCGAUAACAUCUGCAGGUGUCUGAAAGCUGGGCUGACGAUAGACUCGGUAAUUGUUGAAGCCUUCUUAGCUAGUUUGUCAAACCGCCUGUACAUCUCGCAGGAGAGUGACAAGGAGGCCCAUCUAAUUCCAGACCACACAAUACGUGCAUUGGGGCACAUUGCAGUAGCCCUGAGGGACACGCCAAAGGUGAUGGAGCCGAUUCUUCAGAUCCUGCAGCAGAAGUUCUGCCAGCCGCCUUCUCCUCUCGAUGUGCUCAUCAUUGACCAACUGGGAUGCUUAGUUAUCACUGGAAAUCAAUAUAUUUACCAGGAGGUAUGGAAUCUGUUUCAGCAGAUCAGUGUUAAAGCUAGCUCAAUUGUAUACUCUGCAACAAAAGACUACAAGGAUCAUGGAUAUAGGCACUGUUCCUUAGCUGUUAUUAAUGCCCUCGCAAACAUAGCUGCAAACAUCCAAGAUGAACACCUUGUGGACGAAUUGCUGAUGAACUUGCUGGAACUGUUCGUACAACUCGGGCUCGAAGGGAAGAGAGCCAGUGAGAGGGCAAGUGAAAAAGGCCCAGCGCUAAAGGCAUCUAGCAGCGCAGGGAACCUGGGAGUUCUGAUUCCUGUUAUUGCUGUGCUUACAAGACGCUUGCCGCCCAUCAAGGAAGCUAAGCCCAGGUUACAGAAGCUCUUCCGUGACUUCUGGCUGUAUUCGGUGCUUAUGGGAUUUGCUGUGGAAGGCUCAGGUCUUUGGCCAGAAGAGUGGUAUGAGGGUGUUUGUGAGAUAGCAACCAAGUCGCCGCUACUGACGUUUCCUAGCAAAGAGCCUCUCCGCUCUGUUCUUCAGUACAACUCAGCUAUGAAAAACGACACAGUCACUUCCGCUGAACUGAAUGAGUUACGGAGCACCAUCAUCAAUCUUUUGGAUCCUCCUCCAGACGUAUCUGCCCUGAUCAAUAAGCUGGACUUUGCCAUGUCUACCUACCUGCUCUCUGUGUACCGUCUAGAAUGCAUGAGGGUAUUGCGUUCAACAGACCCAGAUCGCUUCCAAGUGAUGUUUUGUUAUUUUGAGGAUAAAGCUAUUCAAAAAGACAAAUCAGGCAUGAUGCAGUGUGUCAUAGCUGUAGCAGAUAAGGUGUUUGAAGCCUUCCUCUGCAUGAUGGCUGACAAAGCUAAAACGAAAGAAAACGAAGAAGAGCUGGAAAGACACGCUCAGUUUUUGCUGGUGAAUUUCAAUCAUAUUCAUAAGAGGAUCAGACGGGUCGCCGAUAAGUACUUAUCUGGCCUUGUAGACAAGUUCCCUCACUUACUUUGGAGUGGAACAGUGCUGAAGACCAUGUUAGAUAUCCUCCAGACCCUCUCCCUGUCAUUGAGUGCAGACAUUCACAAGGACCAACCCUACUAUGACAUUCCAGACGCCCCGUAUAGAAUUACUGUUCCCGAUACAUACGAAGCUAGAGAGAGUAUAGUAAAGGAUUUUGCCGCACGCUGUGGAAUGAUCCUCCAAGAAGCCAUGAAAUGGGCCCCUUCGGUUACCAAAUCUCACUUGCAGGAAUAUUUAAACAAGCAUCAGAACUGGGUCUCUGGCCUGUCCCAGCACACAGGGCUGGCUAUGGCCACUGAGAGCAUCCUCCACUUCGCAGGCUACAACAGGCAGAACACAACUCUGGGGGCAACCCAGUUAACUGAAAGGCCUGCAUGUGUAAAGAAAGACUAUUCCAACUUCAUGGCUUCACUUAACUUGCGAAAUCGCUAUGCUGGAGAAGUCGCUGGGAUGAUUAAUUACUGUCACGCCACAGGCCGCACCUCAGAUCUCAGUAAACUAAUGAUCAAACAGCUCAACGAGGCCUUGGAACCAGGCCAGCCUGAACACUACACUCAAGUCAUGUUUAAGAUGACAGCCAUGUUGAUAAGUAGCAGAGACACUGACCCUCAGCUCUUGCACCACCUGUGUUGGGGCCCGCUGCGAAUGUUCAGCGAGCACGGCAUGGAAACGGCCAUCGCUUGUUGGGAAUGGCUGCUUGCUGCCAAGAAUGGAAUAGAAGUGCCGUUCAUGCGAGAAAUGUCGGGGGCCUGGCAAAUGACUGUGGAGCAGAAGUUUGGCCUGUUCUCUGCCGAGAGGAAAGAAGCAGAUCCCUUAGCUGCUUCGGAAGAGAGCCAGCCCAUACCGUGUCCUCCGGAGGUCACGCCGCAUUACAUCUGGAUAGAAUUCCUGGUGCAGAGGUUUGAAAUCGCAAAGUACUGUAGCUCUGACCAGGUGGAAAUCUUCUCCAGUCUGCUCCAGCGAUCCCUUUCUCUGAACAUUGGGGGAUCAAAAGGCAGUAUGAAUCGGCAUGUGGCAGCGAUUGGGCCACGUUUCAAGCUGCUGACUCUGGGAUUGUCCCUGCUUCACGCUGACGUGGUCCCAAAUGCAACGAUUCGCAAUGUUUUGAGAGAGAAGAUAUAUUCAACUGCUUUUGAUUAUUUCAGCUCUGCUCCAAAGUGUCCAACCCAAGGGGAAAAGAGGCUGCGCGAGGAUAUCAUCAUCCUAAUCAAGUUUUGGACGGCCAUGUUCUCUGACAAGAAAUAUUUGACAGCCAGCCAGCUUGUUCCUCCCGAUAAUCAAGAUACACGGAGCAACUUGGACAUCACUGUUGGGUCUCGACAGCAAGCCACCCAGGGAUGGAUAAAUACAUACCCUUUGUCCAGCGGCAUGUCAACGAUCUCCAAAAAAUCAGGAAUGUCCAAGAAGACCAAUCGAGGUACCCAGCUUCACAAGUACUACAUGAAAAGGAGAACGUUGCUGUUGUCCCUGCUGGCUACUGAGAUUGAACGCCUCAUUACAUGGUACAAUCCUCUCUCAUCCCCGGAGCUGGAGCUGGAUCAGACCGGGGAGAACAGCGUUGCAAACUGGAGGUCAAAGUACGUCAGCCUGAGUGAGAAGCAGUGGAAAGAUAAUGUCAAUCUGGCGUGGAGUAUUUCGCCUCACCUGGCCGUCCAGCUUCCCACCAGGUUUAAAAACACAGAAGCCAUCGGAAUGGAAGUGACUCGUCUCGUCCGCCUGGACCCAGGAGCAGUUAGCGAUGUGCCAGAAGCAAUAAAGUACCUCGUCACGUGGCACACGAUAGAUGCAGACGCUCCUGAGCUGAGCCACAUCCUUUGUUGGACGCCGACAGACCCUCCAACGGGCCUUUCUUAUUUUUCCAGCAUGUAUCCUCCUCAUCCUUUGACAGCUCAGUAUGGAGUUAAAGUCCUUCGUUCUUUCCCUCCGGAUGCCAUUUUAUUUUACAUUCCACAGAUCGUGCAGGCACUUCGAUAUGAUAAGAUGGGCUACGUGAGGGAGUACAUCUUGUGGGCAGCCGCCAAAUCCCAGCUGCUGGCUCACCAGUUCAUUUGGAAUAUGAAAACCAACAUCUUCUUGGAUGAAGAGGGGCAUCAGAAAGACCCUGACAUCGGGGAACUGCUGGAGCAGCUGGUUGAGGAAAUAACGGGCUCAUUAUCUGGGCCAGCAAAGGAGUUUUAUCAACGCGAAUUUGAUUUCUUCAAUAAAAUCACCAACGUUUCAGCCAUCAUCAAGCCUUACCCUAAAGGUGACGAAAGGAAAAAGGCUUGUUUGAGUGCUUUGUCCGAGGUGAAAGUGCAGCCCGGUUGUUAUCUGCCCAGCAACCCCGAAGCGAUUGUCUUGGACAUUGACUACAAGUCAGGAACUCCUAUGCAAAGCGCUGCCAAAGCACCUUACUUGGCCAAGUUUAAGGUAAAGCGGUGCGGAGUCAGCGAACUCGAAAAAGAAGGUCUGCGCUGUCGUUCGGACUCCAUAGACGAAAGCGGAGAAGAUGGGGUGGAGAGCAAGAAGAUUUGCUGGCAGGCAGCCAUCUUUAAAGUGGGCGAUGACUGCAGACAGGACAUGCUGGCGUUGCAAAUCAUUGACCUCUUCAAGAACAUAUUUCAGCUGGUGGGUCUAGACCUGUAUGUGUUUCCGUACAGAGUAGUGGCCACAGCACCAGGGUGUGGCGUCAUCGAAUGCAUUCCUGAUUGUACGUCCCGUGACCAGCUGGGCAGGCAGACAGACUUUGGGAUGUAUGACUACUUUACAAGGCAGUACGGAGAUGAAUCAACCUUGGCUUUCCAAAAGGCUCGUUACAACUUCAUCCGCAGCAUGGCUGCCUACAGCCUCCUGCUGUUCCUGUUGCAGAUUAAAGACAGGCACAAUGGCAAUAUCAUGCUGGACAAACACGGACACAUCAUUCAUAUUGACUUUGGUUUCAUGUUUGAGAGUUCUCCUGGCGGAAACCUGGGUUGGGAGCCAGACAUCAAGCUGACCGACGAGAUGGUUAUGAUAAUGGGAGGGAAGAUGGAGGCCACGCCUUUCAAGUGGUUCAUGGAGAUGUGCGUCAGGGGGUACCUGGCAGUCAGGCCUUACAUGGAUGCCGUGGUCUCUCUGGUGACGUUGAUGCUGGACACAGGGCUGCCCUGUUUCCGAGGGCAGACAAUCAAACUGUUAAAGAACAGGUUCAGCCCCAACAUGACGGAGAGAGAAGCGGCUAACUUCAUCAUCAAGAUCAUCCAGAGCUGCUUCCUCAGCAACAGGAGUAAGACCUACGAUAUGAUCCAGUACUACCAGAACGACAUUCCUUACUGAACCCAGACGGCGUUAUCCUGGGGGAUCCAUGACCCCGUCUCCGUUGUGCCAGCCUAGAAAUGUGAUUUCCUGGAAGUCACUGUGUACUGCCUCCGGUCAAUCCUCUCUGCGUGCGUGUGCAUGUGAAUGUGGGUGUGCCCGUUUUACAGGACCCUUGUAACAAUCAGCACCUCUCAAAUAGUUCCUCUUAUCUUCUCCAGGGUGUCCGUGUCCCUAGGUUGCACAGCAGCUGGCUGCAGUUGCGGAUUUUUAAAAAAAACCUGUUGCAGCUACGAAUGAGUGUAAAACUCAGCAAGGAAACGAUAAACCUGAGGAGUGUGGCGAUUGCCAGGGGGUUUUGUUUUGGCUUUUGGAAGCAAGUUCCAUUAAAACGCCCACUCUGUAGGAUCCGGCAGCAGUCAAAUGCUCUAGAGUCGCUGCUCAGUGCGGCGAGGAAGCAUUAAGUUGCUCUGGUGAAUGCUGUAGAAAUUGUAAUGAUAAUCGUCUGUAGGUGGUGAUAGCCCUGCAUCUGUGUUAAUAUUGUACUUUGCACUGUAAAUGGUUCCUGCUCCACGGUCAGUAUUUCGUACCUACAUGAAGAAUGUAUUUCCUCCCCCCUUUUGUGUGGUUUUAAGGAGAGAAACUCUAUCCAAGAUAUAUUUAAUCUAAAAAAAAAUGGAAUUAAAAAAAAGAGAAGGCCUUAGGAUACUUUA